CGGCGGCGGCGGCGGCAGCGGCCGGAGGGUUCCGCUCGCAGCGCCUCAGGCUUCGCUUCCCUCGCGGCGUCCGCUCAGCCGCUUCGGCCGCUGCCUUGCGCCCUUUAGUCUCCCGCCUCGUGUGGACGGUCCGGACGGGGCGGCAGGCGGGUUCGUUGGCGGCCGGUUGAUACGCGCGGCCUGGUGCGCGCGGCGGAUCCUGCCGCUCGAGUAGCGCGGCGUCCGGGUUCCCGGAGGGGCGGCCCGGCCGGCUCGGGCUCGGCGGAGCGGGGCACGGCGGGGUGGGUGUUGGGGAAGAGCCGUUUGUCCUCGCCGUCGCCGCCAUGAGCGUGGAGGCGUACGGCCCCAGCUCGCAGACCCUCACCUUCCUGGACACGGAGGAGGCCGAGCUGCUCGGCGCCGACACGCAGGGCUCCGAGUUCGAGUUCACCGACUUCACCCUCCCCAGCCAGACACAAACUCCGCCCGGGCCCGGGCAGGCAGGGCCGGGACAAGGCCAAGGCCCCCCCGGAGCGGGACAGGGACCGCCGGGACCGAUCGAAGCGCAGGUUAAUGGCCCCGAUGGCAUCCUGCAGAAUGGAGCUGUGGAUGACAAUGUGGCUAAAACCAGCCAGCUUCUGGCUGAGCUGAAUUUUGAGGAGGAUGAAGAAGACACCUAUUACACCAAGGAUCUUCCUGUGCAUGCCUGCAGUUACUGUGGUAUCCAUGACCCUGCCUGUGUGGUUUACUGCAACACCAGCAAAAAGUGGUUCUGCAACGGGCGUGGAAAUACAUCUGGCAGCCACAUUGUUAAUCAUCUUGUGAGAGCAAAGUGCAAAGAAGUGACUCUCCACAAGGAUGGACCUCUAGGAGAGACUGUCCUGGAAUGCUACAACUGCGGAUGCCGGAAUGUCUUUCUGCUUGGCUUUAUUCCAGCCAAGGCAGACUCUGUGGUGGUUUUGCUGUGCAGGCAGCCAUGUGCCAGCCAGAGCAGUUUAAAGGAUAUUAACUGGGACAGUUCACAAUGGCAGCCUCUGAUCCAGGAUCGCUGCUUCCUUUCCUGGCUGGUGAAGAUUCCCUCUGAGCAGGAACAGCUGAGGGCAAGGCAGAUCACGGCUCAGCAGAUCAACAAACUGGAGGAGCUGUGGAAGGAAAAUCCAUCUGCAACCCUUGAGGACUUGGAGAAGCCUGGUGUGGAUGAAGAACCACAGCACGUCCUGCUUAGAUAUGAAGAUGCUUAUCAAUACCAAAAUAUAUUUGGCCCACUGGUCAAGCUGGAGGCAGAUUAUGACAAGAAACUCAAGGAGUCUCAGACCCAAGACAACAUCACAGUCAGGUGGGACCUGGGCUUGAACAAGAAGAGGAUUGCUUACUUCACUCUGCCAAAGACUGAUUCAGACAUGAGACUCAUGCAAGGAGAUGAGAUCUGCCUGAGGUACAAAGGAGACCUGGCUCCUCUCUGGAAAGGAAUUGGCCAUGUCAUCAAAGUUCCUGAUAGUUCUACAGAUUAUGGUGAUGAGAUAGCCAUUGAGCUGAGGAGCAGCGUGGGAGCCCCCGUGGAGGUCACCCACAACUUCCAAGUGGACUUUGUGUGGAAGUCUACUUCCUUUGACAGGAUGCAGAGUGCUUUAAAAACCUUUGCUGUGGAUGAGACCUCAGUGUCUGGGUACAUCUAUCACAAGCUGCUGGGUCACGAGGUGGAAGAUGUCAUCAUCAAAUGCCAGCUGCCAAAGCGCUUUACAGCACAAGGACUGCCUGAUCUCAACCACUCUCAGGUGUAUGCCGUGAAGACUGUGCUGCAGCGUCCCCUCAGCCUCAUCCAGGGGCCUCCUGGCACUGGCAAGACAGUGACAUCAGCCACCAUUGUCUAUCACCUGGCCAGACAGGGCAAUGGGCCUGUCCUGGUCUGCGCUCCCAGUAACAUAGCUGUGGAUCAGCUGACGGAGAAGAUCCAUCAGACCGGCCUGAAGGUGGUUCGGCUGUGCGCCAAGAGCAGGGAGGCAAUCGACUCUCCUGUGUCCUUCCUGGCACUGCACAACCAGAUCAGGAACAUGGACAGCAUGCCAGAGCUUCAGAAGCUGCAGCAGCUGAAGGAUGAGACUGGAGAGCUGUCGUCUGCUGACGAGAAACGCUACCGUGCGCUGAAGAGAACAGCAGAGCGAGAGCUGCUCAUGAACGCAGAUGUGAUCUGCUGCACGUGCGUGGGAGCUGGGGACCCAAGGCUCGCCAAGAUGCAGUUCCGCUCCAUCCUGAUCGACGAGAGCACCCAGGCCACCGAGCCAGAGUGCAUGGUGCCAGUCGUGCUGGGAGCCAAGCAGCUGAUUCUGGUGGGUGACCACUGCCAGCUGGGCCCAGUGGUGAUGUGCAAGAAGGCUGCCAAGGCAGGGCUGUCGCAGUCGCUGUUCGAGCGGCUGGUGGUGCUGGGCAUCCGCCCCAUCCGCCUGCAGGUGCAGUACCGCAUGCACCCUGCGCUCAGCGCCUUCCCCUCCAACAUCUUCUACGAGGGCUCGCUGCAGAACGGCGUCACCGCAGCAGACAGAGUCAAGAAGGGCUUUGACUUCCAGUGGCCCCAGCCAGACAAGCCUAUGUUCUUCUACGUCACCCAGGGGCAGGAGGAAAUUGCCAGCUCGGGCACCUCCUACCUAAACAGGACUGAGGCUGCCAACGUGGAGAAGAUCACCACCAAGCUGCUGAAGGCUGGUGCCAAGCCAGACCAAAUUGGCAUCAUUACCCCUUACGAGGGGCAGCGCUCCUACCUGGUGCAGUACAUGCAGUUCAGCGGCUCCCUGCACACCAAACUCUACCAGGAAGUGGAAAUUGCAAGCGUGGAUGCCUUCCAGGGCCGGGAGAAGGACUUCAUCAUCCUGUCCUGUGUGAGGGCCAACGAGCACCAGGGGAUUGGCUUCCUGAACGACCCCAGGAGGCUCAAUGUGGCCCUGACCAGAGCGAGGUAUGGAGUCAUCAUCGUUGGGAACCCAAAGGCUCUGUCCAAGCAGCCCCUCUGGAACCACCUGCUGAACUACUACAAGGAGCAGAAGGUGCUGGUGGAGGGACCCCUCAACAACCUGCGGGAGAGCCUCAUGCAGUUCAGCAAGCCCCGGAAGCUGGUCAACACCAUCAACCCUGGUGCUCGUUUCAUGACCACUGCCAUGUACGACGCGCGUGAGGCGAUCAUCCCAGGCUCUGUCUACGACCGCAGCAGCCAAGGCCGUCCAUCCAAUAUGUACUUCCAAACCCACGACCAGAUCGGGAUGAUCAGCGCCGGCCCCAGCCACGUCACUGCCAUGAACAUUCCCAUCCCCUUCAACCUGGUGAUGCCACCCAUGCCACCACCUGGCUACUUCGGCCAGGCCAACGGACCAGCCGCAGGCCGUGGGGCACCCAAAGGCAAGACUGGACGUGGUGGGCGCCAGAAGAAUCGGUUUGGGAUUCCUGGAGCAAGCCAAUCAAACCUUCCAAACAGUCAAGCAAGCCAAGAUGUGGUGUCCCAGCCUUUCUCCCAGGGUCCACUGACUCAAGGUUAUAUCUCCAUGAGUCAACCAUCACAGAUGAGCCAGCCUGGGCUGUCCCAACCAGAAUUAUCCCAGGACAGUUACCUUGGUGAUGAGUUUAAGUCCCAGAUCGAUGUGGCACUGUCACAGGACUCUACUUACCAGGGUGAACGUGCAUAUCAACACGGUGGCGUGACGGGACUGUCACAGUAUUAGAGUGUUGAGGAAGAGGAGCUAAGCUUGUGCUGGGCUUAGUUCAUCAGCAUUUUAUUCUGGGUAAUAAAAAAACUAAACUAAAACGGAUACCUGUUUUCCACUGCUAAAACUGAAGCACCACUGUGUGAGAGCAACAGGAGAGAGACACCAACCAGCGAGAGGAGAAGAGAGGAGGAGAGGGAAAGGAGCGCGAGAGCCUACUGCUAGCUCCCUGCGACCAGGAGCCUGCCCGGCGAGGAGAGAGCGCUGCAGGGCUCAGCUGAGCCCCUGCUCCCCCGGCAGCCACGCUCGAGAGAAGGGCCUUGAGCAGGUUUCACUUCAUUCCACACUUCUCUGUGCGAGCAGGGCAUUGCUUUUCAGAGCAGAUGGGGAGAGGAAAACCCUCAUCUCAGAGUUGUUCUCCUUUGCGAGGGGUACGAUUUUAGCAGCGACUGUUCACGCUUUAGAAGCAGAGUAUCUGAGAGAGAAAAAGAGAGGAGAGAGAGAAAAAGAGAGAGAGAGCUCCUGACCAAGUGACAGCCAGCCCGGCAGAAAUCCAGCAGGACAUAGCAGAUGCUCAACUCUGAGAUGCAGGUUUUGUUGUCCAACACUGGCUCUGAAAUCCUAGUGUCAUCGUGUCGCCCACAUCCUGAAGGGGUCUUUGGUGGCGAGGUGGCUUUCAAGAGAUUCUGUCCAAGGAGCACUGCAUUGAUUCUGUUCUUUUAUACAAGUUUGUCUCUGAAUUCUUAGUGGUGGACCUGGGAGAUCCUUGUUCUGAGAAGCUUAAAAAAAAAAACAACAAACCAACCAAAAAAAAAAAAACCAAAACCACAACCAAAACCCACACAAAAAAAAAAAAGGAAAAAAAAAAAAAAAGAAAAAGGAAAAAAAAAAAAGAAAAAAAAAAGAAAAAACUUUAAAAAAAGAGGAAAAAAAAAAAACAACCAGUUGCAAUUCGAGCUCCGACCUUGAGAACUCUGAGUGUGAUUUCCAGUCGCAGCAAUCAGCCUCUUCUUCCUCCCUGGGGUAGCAGUUAGAGAGCCGAAGCCUGCGUGCUCGAGGAGGGUUUCCAAGCGUUUUCUGUCCGCUUUAAUUGGCUACUGUCUGGACUCUACUCUGUGAAAACAAAGCCUUGCUGUCAGGUGAACUUUGUGCUUGAGGAGGGGAUGGGUUUGCUGUGCCCUUCGGCCCCCGCAGGAGGAGGAGGAGGAGAUGCUGGCAGUGCCCUGCUCGCGUACCCCGGGGGGCGGCCGCGCCGGGAACCUGGGGAUUAUUCUGGGUGUGAAGGACUUGGAUGGAUGGGAGCAGGUUGGAAACGUGGACAAAAGCAGGCAGGCGGUGGAAGGUGACCUCUGGUGGCUGGGGAUGAUUGGAGCUAAGGAGGGUUAGGCUUUGGUGUGGCUUCUUCUGGAGGAGCCAGGCAUGGAGAACCAAACCCGGAGGCUGUGUGGCAGGUGGUGGGGCACGGGGCCGUGCCGUGGCUGCCGGCUGGGAGUCAGAGGGGAGAGAGCAGCACAGAAGUGAAGCCAUCCAGUUUCUUGAGUGGUACCCACGUCUGAAAUCAGCCCUCUGGGAGCAUUUUCUUUGUCUAAACCUUUCUAGGAGCAGUGCAGAGAACUGAGAAUUCCUGCAGCCCCCAUCCCUCAGACCCCCCCCCCCCUCCACCACCAACAUUGGCACCGAGCAGCAGCGGGGUCGCUCCCGGGGGCAUGGCAAGGUGGGAUCCAAUCAGCUUUGUACUCUUAAGGGCUCCAAAUGUUUCUAGGCUUCUUUUUUUUUUUUUGGGGGGGGGUGGGGAACUCAAAAUACCUCUCAGAUGAAUGUACUUAACCGAUGUGCACCCCCACUUUUUGUACCGGGGGGGGGUUGGGGGCAGCCCUUCCAUUCCUGUCCCUUCUGUAGAGCCUUGCUCUGCUGUCACCCUCCCUUGUCUCUGCUGUAGUUCCAGGAGCAUCUCCCCCUCGGUGCAGCCCUGCUGUAGCAACCCCCCCCCCCCCAGACCGUGAGUAGCUGGCAGCUGUUCACCAGUUUGGUUCAGAACUGCAAGAGAAACUUCCAACUUCCUUCUUCUUUUCCACAGACGAACAUCCUCCUCCCCAGCCCCCCCCCUUCUCCAACCCCUUUACCCCCCACCCCCAUCCUGUCCUCAUUUAACAACCAAAACCAACCAAGCCUCCAGAGUUUAGACUUCUAAAAUGUGAAAGGAUGGAGCCAGGCCACCUUCCUUCCUCGGAGGGACUCUUUAAUUUAUUAACAUUGCCGAAGGGCUUUUUUUCCUUUGUUUCCCUUCCCUAGGUAGCUGCUUCGCCUCCUGCUGCUAGGUUUGAGCUGUAACCCUCUGUGCAAUGCAAUCCAGGAGUGCCCCCGCCCUGCUCCCUUCACCCCUUGAUUUCAGGGCUGGGAAUUGCUUUGGCCUCUGCUUUUUCCUGCUGGCUUUUUCUUUUUCCUUUGUAGCAGUUCCCCUUGAGUUCCAACACCCCCCCCCCCCCCCCCCCCCGCCAAGCCAUCAGUGCUAGCAGGCUGCUGACUCUGUUCUGAUUUAGUUCUUUCUAUCGUUUUGUUUUUCUUCAUUUUUUUUUGUUGUUGUCUCCCAAGUUUUUGUUUUCAACCUGUUUGUCAUCAAUAAAACCUGAGUAACCAGCUCUUGCAUUCGAGGUGGCCCUCACUGUUCAGUGACCAUGCACCCUUCAUUAAAGCUUAGUCUGAUUGUACAAA